AUCUUCAUUUCAAAUUACUCAAAAGUUCAGAAGCUGUUUGCGUUUGCAGUUUGAAAAUGGCGAGCUAUGACAAGCAGUACGGGGCAACACCGACCGACGAGUACGGGAACCCGAUCCGCCGCACCGACGAGUACGGGAACCCGGUGGGGCCCCGAGUGGACGAGUACGGGAACCCACUUGGUCAUCACACUGCUACGACUGGAACCACCACGGGCGCUGGAGGGUACGCCCCUCAUGACUUCGCCGCUACCACGGCAGCUGGCCAAGGCCAAGGAGUGCAUGGUCACGACUAUGACAGGAAAGAGCACCACGGCGUCACUGGCGCCGUGCUUCACCGCUCCGGUAGCUCAAGCUCUAGCUCUUCUGAGGAUGAUGGGCUAGGAGGGAGGAGGAAGAAGAAGGGGUUGAAGGAGAAGAUAAAGGAGAGGCUGCCAGGUGGAACCAAAACCGAUACCACAUACGGUGGAACUGGGACCACCGGGCAGCACCACCAUGAGAAGCUGCCUGGGACUGGGGGGCAUAGGGCAGAUGACCCCUACAAAUCUCAGACUCAUACAACUGCCACCACCACACCUUAUGGUGGAACCGCCUACACCGAAGAGCACCACGAGAAGAAGGGGAUCAUGGACAAGAUCAAGGAGAAACUUCCCGGACAACACUAGAUAUCAUUUAUAAGUGCUCAUAUAUAAAUAUGUAUAAAGAGUGGUUAAUUAGUAAUAUUAUGCCCUGUAUAAUAAGCUAGCGGUGAGCUCAGUUCUUUUAUGCUCAAUACGCAACGUCGUUUGUGUUUCGUAAUGUACUUUGUAUGUCGUUUGUUUCAAUAAAUAUAGACUUGCUUUUCUGUGAGCAA